CCUCCGCCGCCGCCCUCGCCUGGCAGCCCCGGGCCCGGCGCUCCCCCGCCCGGUGCGGGUCCGGGCCCGGGCUCGGCCUGCGCGGCCCGGCCCGCCGCAGGGAGGAUGGGGCAGCCGCCGAGGCCGGCGAACAGCAGCGGCCCGGUGGCGCCAUGACCGGCGAGAAGAAGAAGAAGAAGCGGCUCAACCGCAGCGUCCUGCUGGCCAAGAAGAUCGUUAUCCGGGACGGGGCCGGCCGACAGGGGAUUGGGGAGCCCAGUGUGUACCAUGCCGUGGUGGUUAUUUUCCUGGAGUUCUUUGCCUGGGGGCUGCUGACCACGCCGAUGCUGACGGUGUUACACCAGACUUUUCCUCAGCACACGUUCUUGAUGAAUGGCCUGAUUCAUGGAGUCAAGGGUCUGCUUUCUUUUCUAAGUGCCCCACUGAUUGGUGCUCUCUCUGAUGUCUGGGGCAGGAAAUCCUUCCUCCUCCUCACUGUCUUCUUCACCUGUGCACCAAUUCCCCUUAUGAAGAUCAGUCCGUGGUGGUAUUUUGCUGUCAUUUCUAUGUCUGGAGUCUUUGCUGUCACCUUUUCUGUGAUUUUUGCCUAUGUUGCUGAUAUCACACAGGAGCAUGAACGCAGCACGGCGUAUGGCUUGGUGUCAGCCACGUUUGCUGCUAGUCUGGUCACAAGCCCAGCCAUCGGCGCGUACCUUUCCCAGGCCUACGGUGACACGCUGGUGGUUGUGCUGGCGUCCGGCGUGGCUCUGCUGGACAUUGGUUUCAUCCUGCUGGCGGUGCCGGAGUCUCUGCCGGAAGAGAUGCGCCCGGUCUCCUGGGGAGCCCCUAUCUCUUGGGAACAAGCAGACCCAUUUGCUUCCUUGCGGAAAGUGGGUCAGGAUUCUACAGUGCUGCUCAUCUGUAUCACCGUCUUUCUCUCCUACCUUCCUGAAGCCGGCCAGUACUCCAGCUUUUUCCUCUACCUGCGACAGGUCAUUGGUUUUUCCUCAGAGACUGUGGCAGCCUUUAUUGGCGUAGUUGGAAUUCUCUCUAUACUGGCUCAGACGGUAGUGUUGGGAAUUCUCAUGCGUUCAAUAGGAAAUAAAAACACCAUCCUGUUGGGAUUGGGCUUCCAGAUCCUGCAGCUUGCCUGGUACGGCUUUGGGUCGCAGCCUUGGAUGAUGUGGGCAGCAGGAGCUGUGGCUGCCAUGUCCAGCAUCACCUUCCCCGCCAUCAGUGCCAUGGUGUCCCGGAACGCAGAUCCCGACCAACAGGGUGUGGUCCAGGGGAUGAUCACUGGAAUUCGAGGUCUGUGUAACGGCCUGGGGCCGGCCCUCUAUGGCUUUGUCUUCUAUCUCUUCCACGUGGAGCUGAAUGAAAUGGCUGAGGUGGAAACUUUGGGUAAGGCCUCCAAACCCAACAUGGCCAACCCUACAGACGAGAGCAGCAUUAUCCCAGGGCCUCCCUUCCUGUUCGGGGCUUGCUCUGUCCUGCUGUCGCUGCUGGUGGCCUUGUUCAUUCCAGAGCACAACCUUGCUCUGAGGUCGGGCAGCCACAAGAAGCACAGCAAUGGGGCACAGACCCACAGCCCGCAGGCUGGGGGGGCAGAAGGGAAGGAGCCGCUGCUGGAGGACAGCAGCGUCUGAGCAGGGAGAGGAGGGACCUGGCUCCUGUCUCAGCUCCCCAGAAGGAUGGACCCAGCCAGCAGGAGUUCUGGGAGAGCACAGGGGAAGAGGAGGAAGGAGGUAUCAGACUGUGCCACUGACAGCUGAUGAGAAGGGACUGGGGCUCCCUUCAGGCCAAAUAUACCCUGCGGGUGCAGAAAUGGAAUUGUAUCACCUGGUGCUGAUGGAAAGGGGAGAAGCUGAACUGCUCCAUGGGGAGGGAUCAUUCUUUAAAGCCAACCUGCCCUUGUAGGAGAAUAACGACCUUCAUGGUAUGACCUGCCAAAUACCCAACUUGCCAGUGACAAAUCCAGGAGCUAACCUUGUCUUUGUUGUGACCUGGACUGACUGAGCUGCUGGCCAGAGGAAAACAGGGCCCCAUCCCCUCCCCUAAUUGGUACUCGCUGCUGACCCCGUCACAGCGUGGCUGGGACCGGCCAGACCCCAUCUGCGUCCACACACUGAAGAAAACGGGUGUGUUUGAAGGACAGACAGUGUCAUCACCUGGGAGCAGAUUCCCACUGCUCGAGGAUCUGAUGGAUUUGCCCAUUCUGGCCCGAGGGAAACUUGGACCAAAAAAAAAAUUAUAUACUGACUUUAUGUUCUGAUGAAGAUAAGAAAAAUUAAGAAGUGAAGUUGCAACUGACACAAGGGAGAAUGGGCAGAUGAGAGAAGGGUGACUACAUGAAUUAGAAAUGCUUAGUUUGUAUUUCUGUUUGUUCUCUCUGUUUUUGUUACACCCAUGUAACAUUUGUCUGUCACUACCUCCAUUGGUAGUAGGUAGAAGGAUUUUCCAGAAUUCUUUUUCUGGAACUGUAAGGGUUGUUUAGAAAAUAGAGGUCUCUGAGAAGUUGAAGAAACAACUAAACUCUGCUGACCACCUUGGUAAAGAGUGAUUUCCUAAGAGAAAGGUCAAAGAAAUAGCUGUUUAUCUUGAGCACUUUUAUAAAGCAUGUUGAUUUUUCCCCAGGCUCUUGCCAUUAAAACCAGAUAAUGACUGUAGCUUGUUUUUUCUCAGUCCAGCGGAUCCUGAUGGUGAUGAUUGCGAUUGAUUUGAACGUACAGGUUUGGAUUCUGUUUUGGAUUUCUUCUGCUACAAAGGCUUUUGUUUUGUUGAAAAGCGGAAUUGCAGCCCGUGCUGCAGGGUUCAGCUCUGGUAGAAAGAGCAGCAGAGACUCAAGCUUGAGUGUUGUGAAAGAAGGAAAAACAAACGCAUAGGGAUUGCCUGGUUGUUUAUAGAACCAUAGAGAUAUGGCAGAGGGCAGGAAACAAUCGUUCUUGUUUGAGCAAGAUCAAAAAUUAAUGGCAUUGAGCAGUCACUGGGGAAGUAAAGCCUGGACUGGGAACCCUUAGGAAAUGAGUUGUUAAGGGAAUUGAGGGUACAGUGGCCAAAACCAGUCCUGUCUCAGAGUGGGGUUUGUGCAACAGCUCCUUUCUCUGGCUGGGAUCCCCUCGCUGUGGGUUUGGGAGAGGAACCUCGGGGGAGAAGGGCCGAAGGGUGGGAGCGCUCUCUCUUGGUGUUUGCGAAGGGGUGAUGGUGGCCGACGCGGUGCCCUUGGCCUCUGGGUUCAGAGGGAAACACCCUCUGGAUGUCCCCGGGGAGCACAGUCCCUGCCCCGAUGCUGGUGCCCAGCUCUGCCCAUUCUGUGGCUCGUCCUGCCCUGGGGACGAGGGGGGACGUGAGCCCCGGGGUGAGCUCAGUGUCCGACCCCGCCGGGUGCGUCGGUGCUGGGUCCUGUCUGCUCCGGGCAGCCAGAGCUGCCGUGCUGUGUCGGUCUCUAAUGCUGGUCAGGUACUAACAGCUUGGAACCACUGCCUGGACUGGGCUGAACUAAUAAUACAGUGUCUGUUUACCCAUUUUCUGGACCAGUUAGUUAUUGGAGGUGGACAUUUAAGUGAAAUAAUUCCUGGUUUGUUUUGCAUUAAUCCAGCCUGGUGCCCAGCUCCUGUGAUCAGAACGGUAGGAGGAGAUGGUUGUGGUGCAGGGGGCAGGCACCCUGCACUCUGAGGGUUUGCUGGUGCGGAGCUAAUUGAGGACUGGAGCACGGGGCCAGCAGAGAGUCCGUGACCUGCGGUGACUCCAGUUUUCCCAAGCUCAUUGUGUGAUGCUCCAAAUUCCCAAACGUCACUGGGACGGUCUGUGCCGUGCGUGCGCAGCAAACUUCUUUCCUGAAGGAAAUCCAGUCACUUAAACUUCCAGGCAGCAGCCCCAGCUCUGUAUCACUCACAAAAAAUGUUUUUUUUUAGACUGGAGCUUUAUUUACAGUGUAUUAAAAUGAACUGCAGUAUGUUUGUCCCUCACACACGAAUGAAGUGAAAUGAAACACCGAAUCGUUACCUCGUUCACACUGAGGCACUUGGAGCUUCACGGGUAGAAUAUAGCGGAAUGUUACAAAAAAGAUGAGCAUAAUUUAUAUGAUAUAAAGUAUAUAGAGAUAUAUUUUUUAAAGUCCUUUCCUUUAUCAAAUAGUUUAUUGAAACCGAAGUGUUUCUAGUCCUGUUCCCUCUCGCUGCUGCUGCCUGCGGCGUCUCGGCCUCUCCUGCCCCUCGGACAGCAGAAUUACCCGGGUGAGUCUCCCCCCUUGGUCCCUGUCCCUCACCACACGACACCCGAGGUCCCAGCAAUGCGACAUCCCCCAGGUCGAGAGCAGGGGACCGGGAGUGUUUCAGUUGCUUCGUGAGCCCUUUGUGACUUGUACAUGGUCCCUUGGCUGUGCUGGGGCUGGCCCUGGGACCUGGGCGUCCCGUGGGGCAGGUCUCCUCGCCCACCCCAGGGGUGUCACUUGUUCCUGGCGCUAAGAACGGGCAGGUGGCCCUUCCUACGGUUCCUCUCACCGGGUCGGGGGGGCCUCAGCCCCCCGUAACUCCCCUCCCCAUCGACACAGGGACGUGACCCACCCACCCACUGCCUUUAAGUGACAGGAGGGCUUGGGCUACGCGGUGACGGAGCUGAAAUUACUGGACCUGAAUGACGAAUGUCUCAUUCUGAAGGGCCGGUAGUUCUGCAGCAUCCCACCUGGAGACUGGGAAAUCUGUACGGAGCAUUCAGCUAGUUUUGCCAAUUUUUGUUACUUUAUAUGAAAUUGCAACUUUUUUAAAAGAGCCUUUUCUUAAAAUCCCCUUGAUCUGCUGUGUAGUGCCUGAGCCUGGCUGUUUAACACCACUGUCCCCAGAAUUUGCCUGCAGGUCGGUGACAGCAAUGCCCCAAACCUAAGGCAAAAAUUGGCUUAAUUGUCCUUCUGCAGUUCCUGUUCAACGGCAGCAGUUCCAGUGGGUUUUAACUGAUCUUGUCGCAUUAAAAAACCUGCGUUAAACCUUUGCUUUCUCUUUUGCCGUUACUUUUGCAAAAUAGUGACUUUUUCCUUCACUGUUUUUUAUUCCUUUCUCUGCACUCGGGUGGCUGCUGACACCUCUGGUUCUCUGAGAGCGGGCGCCUGGGCCCAGAACAGCGCUUCCUCUGAGCUCUCAAAGUUCAGUACGGCGUGCGUUUCUGUAUCUCUCUUUUUUAAGCUAAUGAUGAAAUGUAUUUAUUUCAGUUCCAGUUGUGUUCAGAACUGGCUAAUCUCUCCCUCCGAUGGAUUAUUUAUUAAACUGCUGCUUUCCUGUUGUGUUGAA